GUGCCGUUGUUUUUUGGUUUUUUUCAGUAAUUUGUAGAAUCCAAUAUGAGAGUAUUUUGUCUUAUUUUGUUGGUGGCUCUUGCCAGUGCUGACUUAGCACCAUUACACAAAGCUAAAGAACCAAUCGCUGGUAAAUUCCUGAUUGGAUUGAAGAGCAAUGUUGAUGUUGAUGCCAUUGGUGAGCGUCUGGAGAACACUGUCUUCAGCGGUACUCUCAAAUCUACCCUUUUAAAGAAGUUUAAAGGUGCCUUCAAUGGAUUUGUUGCCAAGAUGGACGAUGAGAUGGUGGAGAAGAUCCGUGGUCUUGAUUUCGUUGACUACAUUGAAGAAGAUGGAAUGGUGUACACAAGUGUGACAUGGGGGCUUGAUCGAGUUGAUCAAAGGGAUCUGCCAUUGAACAACUACUUCAGUGUCAACGGUAAAGGAAACGGUGUAAAUGUAUAUGUGAUUGAUACCGGCAUCAACCCAUCCCACACAGAAUUUGGUGGCCGAGCCGCUGUCGCCUACGACGCCACUGGUGGCGAUGGAAUUGAUUGCAAUGGUCAUGGAACUCACUGUGCUGGAACUAUUGCUGGCUAUAACUAUGGCGUUGCCAAAGAGGCCAAUAUCUAUGGUGUCAGAGUUUUUGGAUGCUCCGGUGGCUCUUCUACAUCCACGAUCAUUGACGGAAUCAACUAUGUGUACUGGUAUGGUAGUCAACCGGGUGUUGUGUCCAUGUCUCUGGGUGGUGGGGCAUCUACUUCUGAGGACAAUGCUGUUACCAACCUGAUUAACAAAGGAUUUACUGUUGUGGUCGCUGCUGGAAACGACAAUGCUAAUGCAUGCUAUUAUUCUCCCGCUAGAGUAGAUGCGGCCAUUACUGUUGGUGCUACUGAUUCAUAUGACACUCGUUCGUCCUUCUCUAACUACGGAAACUGCGUUGAUAUCUUUGCUCCUGGAUCCUCUAUCACCUCAGCUUGGUGGACCUCUAACAGGGCCACUAACACAAUCAGUGGUACUUCUAUGGCUACCCCUCAUGUUUCAGGUGUUGCUGCUGUUCUCCGUGGUAAUGGUUAUUCAAAUUCACAGACAAGAAGCAAGAUACUGAGUGAUGCUUCUUCAAACAGAAUUUCCAGCACCGGAUGGGGAUCUCCCAAUUUAUUGUUAUACGUUGAUUAAAUCACAGACAUUGUUAUCGGAGAUCAAUGUCACUUCGUUGAGCCUAAUCAUAGUAACUAAGCUAUUUCUGGCAUAAUACCAGAACAUGUAGUAUCAUCUUUAAAACUACAGUAGUGGUACAAGCUAUUGAUCCCUUUAACCCUAUUAUAUCUCAAUCCUGAAGGAAUAUUAUCGUAAUAUAUUUAAAAUUAUUUUGAAUAUAAGAGAAUUAUCCAAAAAUAUUAAAAAUUGUUCAUAUAUUUAUUUCAAAUAUGAAUAAAUGCGAUUAUUGAAGUAUA